GGAGGCUUGACUAACAAGGUAUUUGUAUGGAUGCAAACAUUUAUGGCUUGAACUGUAAAAUAUUGACUAAACGAUGCUGUAAAGGACCCGAAUCGUUGCUGUUGGAGGACGAGGUAUUUUGUUGGUAGAUUAUCAAAGGUCAACAGUCUCCUCUCUCCAUUGGCCAGUGUAGUUCGCAUCUAUGAACUCCUUACCGCCCUCCAGCUCCGGCAUCAGUAGCCCUGUAAGCUCCGUAGACUCGCCACUCUCAGUUGUCAGCUCGUCCAUCGGCUCUCCCGGUGUACCUGGCACCCCAUCCAUCGGCUAUGGCCCAAACAGCAACCCUCACAUAAACUCCUCCAUGUCUGUGUCUGGGUUACAUGCUGUCAGCAGCUCUGAUGAUGUUAAACCACCUUUUGGCCUGAAAUCUAUUGGUGGAUCUGGUCCAAUGCUAUCACAGAAACGCUUGUGUGCUAUUUGUGGAGAUCGCUCCUCUGGUAAGCACUAUGGCGUGUAUAGUUGUGAGGGCUGUAAGGGUUUCUUCAAGCGCACAGUUCGGAAGGACCUGAGCUACACCUGCAGGGACAACAAGGAAUGUCUGGUGGACAAACGCCAACGCAAUCGCUGCCAGUACUGCCGCUAUCAGAAGUGCCUGGCCUCAGGGAUGAAAAGAGAAGCUGUUCAGGAAGAACGUCAGAAGAAUAGGGAGCGGGAUGGGGACUAUGAGUGCAGCAGUGCAGUGAAUGAGGAGAUGCCAGUGGAGAAGAUCCUGGAGGCUGAGACAGCUGUAGAGCACAGGACAAACCUGCAUUCUGAUGCCACUGGUUCACAGAAUGAUCCAGUCACUAACAUCUGCCAAACUGCAGACAAACAGCUGUUUACUCUGGUGGAGUGGGCCAAGAGAAUCCCUCACUUCUCUGAGCUGCCUCUGGACGACCAAGUCAUUCUGCUCAGGGCUGGAUGGAAUGAGCUCCUGAUUGCUGCAUUCUCUCAUCGCUCCAUCAGCGUGAAGGAUGAGAUUCUGUUGGCCACAGAUCUUCAUAUGCCCAGAGACAGUUCUCACAACUUGGGUGUGGAGGCCUUCUUUGACAGAGAGAGUGCAAAUAGUACAGAGGUGGGAGCCUUAUUCGACAGGGUGCUCACAGAGUUGGUCUGUAAGAUGCGUGAUAUGCAAAUGGAUAAGACAGAGCUUGGCUGUCUGCGCGCCAUAGUUCUGUUUAACCCAGAUGCCAAAGGCUUGACUAGCACCAGUGAGGUGGAGCUUCUCAGAGAGAAAGUGUAUGCGUCCCUGGAGGCCUACUGCAAGCAGAAGUACCCAGAUCAGCAGGGGAGGUUUGCCAAGCUCCUCCUCAGGCUCCCUGCAUUGCGUUCCAUUGGCCUUAAGUGUCUGGAGCACCUGUUUUUCUUUAAACUGAUUGGAGACACCCCCAUUGACACUUUCCUCAUGGAGAUGCUGGAGUCAACCCACUAGCUGUGUCAGAGGAAGAUUGGGAGACAGGGGUUUCUGCCCUAUGUCCUGGAGAUAACUGUGACUGCACUUUUUCUUCCCAGGGGAAAUACUGCGAUUGGUCAGCCUCUGGUCUGGGGUAUUUCUUUUCUUUUGUUUGUUUAUUAUAUUUUUUUUCCUCUUGACUAUCUCUUAAGUGCACCACAGAGUCUAGAGACCCAAAACUUGCCAUGAAAAUGUUGGUGCUACAUUUCAACAGUAAGCUAAUUCUUUAUAUAUAUAUAUAAAUGUAUAAAAAAAAUACAAGUUUAAAAAACUUUUUAAGUAUGGAAGCUCCAGUUACCUGACUGGCUUAGAUAAGUGGGGUUUACAUUUUGAUAGAACCAUUUGAGGCUUUUAAAAACACUGUGGAUGAUAAGCUUUAAUCGUUUGUAAGUGUGCUUCUCCAUCUCUUGAGUUUGGGUGCUUUCUUCCUGUAUGGCUAAUUUAUUUUGCCCCGACCUACAAGGACUGGUCAAUUGGGCAGAUAGAUGAAUGAACUCAUUUGGUAUUAUAGUUUAAAUUGACAGUACUUUGCCAGUGCAAGUAAUCUCGCAAAGAAUAUAUAUGCAAUGAAGUUUGAAACGAUGCAAAACAAAAAAAAAAAAUAGAUGUUUAAUUUUUAAAAGACGCAAUUUACAUAAUAUUGUGCAAUGUUAAGCCUAAAUCCAGAGGUGGAUGUGAGGGAAAUGCAAGCACUCUUUAUUAUCUCACGCACUUAUUUUAUUAUCACGUCAUGAGUGCCUAACUGGCAUAUGCUUGAUAUAUAUUUUUAUUUAACACGAUUGAAGAAAGGAACAACAAAGACAAAUCUCUGUUCACAUCAUCAGCCAUUUUUGUAGGAAGCAGGAAGAUAUUUUUCGUUCUUUUUAUUUUGCCUGAAGUGUCAUAGGCUAAAAUUGUCUUAAAACCUGCUUUUAACAUCGGGUUUACUCUAGUUAGCUGUCAGUUAAUGAUACACUCUCUUCUCUUAUCACAUAUCAGAUAACUGUAAAAGAGUGACAAUUCCUUAAGUAAACUGCACUACACUAAAAAAUGUCAUUCCGUUUUUUUUUUUUUUCAUUGAAUUAAAGCUGGGUCAGAUUUUAUUAUUUUCAAUAUAUAUAUUUACUUUGGUGCUUUGGAAAUGACAUUUGAUUUACAGCCCUGAAAAAAAAGUGCACAUUUAAAACUGCAAAAAAGAAAAGUUCAGCUAUCUUCAGCUUUAUAGAGAUACUAAAUCUGAGCAAUACAAAAGUUCAUCAGCAGACUGUUGAGCGGACUUACUGUUUGUAUUCAGAAAACCUUCCAACUUGAAAUUUCUACAAGUAAUUUCUUCUAGUACUGUGCAGACCCUAUUGUUCAGGGACUUUGUGUAGCUAUUGUGUAGACAUAGACUGGCUAGGAAUCAAUAUAUAUACAAAUAUAGUCACUUUUAUCUCUCUUUAGUUUUUAGCUGGCUUUCAUCUUGCAGAAAAGAAGACAUAGUUUGCACUGGAUUUUACCAUGAAUCCUAAACUUUGGAUUUUGUCUUAUUUUCUCUGUGACCUGAGCUUAUUUGCUUUUUGUUUUCUUUUGACUUACCAUUGAUUUAUUUUAUUUUUUUCAUGGCAUCUCUCUGUCCUUGCCGAAAAAAGUAAUGGGGACAAAUGCAAACUUACUUUUGCCAUACAUAUAUCUAACAAAAACAAAAAGGUUGUUUUUGUAUGGUCUUGUACAACCAACAUCUUUACUGCAUUAGGCAUGUUACAUGUCUGUUGUUGCACUAAAAUUGUCAUACAAUUACGAUUGUAAUGAGUUUCCAUCAGUUUCUGUUGUCACAGCUCGUUUUAGAAGAGCUUGGUGACAUUGCAAGAGAACCAUCUGCUGUACAUGACCCUAAAUAAAGGUGGUGAUAUGUCUAA